GCCAUCUUGUCUGAAUAUUUAGCCUCAUCCAAGGAACAUUAAUUUGAUAUCUUCGGGAUUUUGCAACCCUUAAGUUGGGAACAAGCACCAUUUGAAAGGUUUAAACCAUAACUAUGAAACCGGGUCGAGUUUGUGUGUUCGACCGAAGUCACAGCGGAGAACUGAAGUACUGAAGAUGACGCUGUCGCUCCUGAAUUACCGGCUAGCUAAGCUAACGGCUAGCAUGUCCGCCUUGGUUGUAGUCUGUCACUAGCUGACAUUUAGCUAGGUGCAGUUAUUCCGUUUGGCACUCGCACUGCAGAGGACGACUUUACAAGGGUGUAAACUUCCAUGCGGAAGGUGAGGAGGUGGGAAUGUGAGACAGUUGUUAACGGACUCAACAUGGGUAGGGGCCGAGGCAGAGGGAGAGGAAGGGGCAGGGGAUCGUCGGGCCGGCUGCGCCCCCCCUCGCCCUACAGACUGCAGCUCUCUCCAUCCAGGGAGACUUUGACGUAUGCUCAGGCACAGAAAAUAGUGGAAGUGGACCUAGAAGGACGGCUUCAUCGGAUUAACAUCACAGAUCCUCUGCCAGUUAUUACCGAGGACGAGAUGAUGGCCCAGGACAUUGCUGAGUGCAACAGCAACAAGGAGAACAGUGAACAAACGCAGAGUAAAACCAGAUCGUGGAGGAAGCCCUCAAACAGUAAAAGCAGGAAGAGUGGUAAAAAUGCGUCUCACCAGAACCAACGGUCCGGCUCCCAGCACACAGGACCUACUAAUUCCCUCCAGGAGCCGUCUCACCAAAUCCCUCUGCCCGAGCCCAUCUUUCGUGUGCUGACUUCAGUUUGCCCCUCAGAGGCAGAUCCUCUCCCAACAGCCUACUAUCGUUUCAUAGAAAAGUCAAUGGAGGAACAGGACAGUGUGGCCGAGUACGACAUGGAUGAGGAGGACCUGGCUUGGCUGGAGAUGGUUAAUCAAAAGAGGGUGUGUGACGGUCAUGCCUCAGUAUCUGCAGAUACUUUUGAGCUGCUGAUUGACCGCCUGGAGAGGGAAUCAAUCCUGGAGUCUCGCAACCAGGCUCUGUCCCAGAGCGCCGUUGACGAGGACGCUUUCUGCUGCGUCUGCCUGGAUGACGAAUGUCUGAACAGUAAUGUCAUCCUGUUCUGUGACAUCUGUAACCUGGCCGUCCACCAGGAGUGUUACGGUGUGCCCUACGUACCAGAGGGUCAGUGGCUGUGCCGCUGCUGCUUGCAGUCCCCUUCCCGUCCUGUAGACUGUGUGCUCUGUCCCAACCGAGGAGGUGCCUUCAAACAGACAAGUGAUGGACGUUGGGCCCAUGUUGUCUGUGCCAUAUGGAUCCCGGAGGUGUGCUUUGCCAACACAGUGUUUUUGGAGCCCGUUGAAGGGGUCAAGAACAUCCCUCCUGCCCGCUGGAAGCUCACCUGCUACCUGUGUAAGCAGAAAGGCAGAGGAGCAUCCAUUCAGUGCCACAAAGCCAAUUGUUACAGGGCCUUUCAUGUCACCUGCGCCCAGAAGGCCGGCCUGUUUAUGAAGAUAGACCCAGUCCGGGAGACAGGUGUCAACGGUACCACCUUUUCUGUGAAGAAGACUGCUUUCUGUGAGCAUCAUUCUCCGGUAGGGUCUCGGCGGGACGGGUCUGGAGACGAGUCAGUUGAAGGGAGACUGGUGGGGGGCAGGGGUAAUCGUGGUCAAAGGUCCUAUACUCAAAGCCCCCCGUCACCACCACCAAACAAGAAAGCUACCAAAGGCCAAAAGAAGAAGAAUACAAAAGGGUCUGGUCGGUCGACACGUCGCUCAACUGUGCCUGUGCUGCUCGUGCCUCAGAUCCCCUCUCACAGGCUGAACAAGAUCUGCACAGGAGUUGAAGUCCAGAGGAAGAAUCAGUUCAUGCAGAGGCUUCAUAACUACUGGUUACUGAAACGACAGUCACGAAAUGGGAUGCCUUUAAUUCGCCGACUUCAUUCCCAUUUACAGGCCCACAGGACUACAGAGCAGAGGGAGCCUGAUGAGAAGCUUUGUGCUGCGAGAGAGGAGCUACGAUACUGGCAAAAGUUGAGGCAAGACCUGGAAAGAGCCAGGCUUUUGGUGGAACUCAUCCGCAAGAGAGAGAGGCUAAAGAGAGAACAGAUGAAAAUUCAGCAGGCUGCUCUUGAGUUGAAGUUGACCCCUGCGUUGGUGCUUCUGCGAUCCACCUUGGACCAACUGCAGGAGAAGGACACGGCAAAAAUCUUCUCUCAGCCUGUCAAUCUAUCAGAGGUCCCAGAUUACAUGGAGUUUAUUUCCCAACCCAUGGACUUCUCCACCAUGUGUACCAAACUGGAGGGACAUGCCUAUUGCUCCAUCGCGGACCUAGAGAAGGACUUUAACCUCAUGAUCUCCAACUGCCUCAAGUACAACUCCAAGGACACCAUGUUUCACAAGACAGCCUUACAACUCCGGGAGGUGGGUGGAGCCGUUCUCCGUCACGCCCACAGGCAGUCUCAGAGCAUCGGCCUGGAUCCCAGCACUGGCAUGCAUCUCCCAGAUUCUCCGAACAAACAUGGCUUUUACAACUGUACGUGGGAUGACGUUGACUCUCUCUUGGACCCAGACAACAGACUGCACUUAACCACAGACGAGCAGCUAAAGGCCUUACUGGACAAGCUGGACAUGGUUGCAUCCAUGCGCACUAGUGGGGGUCGAACCAAGCGCAUCAGACUGCUGCGGCGAGAGAUCAACACUCUCAAACAGAAGAUGAACCAGCAGCAGCAAAACUCUCAGUCUGUGAAUGGUAAUGACAAGGAGGACAAAGUGAAGGAGGAGGAGGAGGAGGAGGAGGAGGAGGAGGAAGAAAAAAAAGAGGAGAAGGAAAAGAAAAAGAGAAAUGUUAAAAAUGGACCUUUGAAAGCCGUGUCAAACUCUGGGACAGAUGACUCUCCACCUGUGCUAGAACUCACCUGUCCAGUCUCAUCGCCGCUGCCAGGAGAUGCUCCUCUCGAACCUCCCGUCCUGGGAAUCGUACCUGGAGGGCGAAGGUCUCCUGGGCGCUCCUACAAGCGUCAGAGGUCAUCCCGCAGUGGAAGCAAAAGCCAAGGGGAAGAUGAGGCUGAAGUUGGUGAAACACCGUCUUCACAAACGGAGGCUGUACACGAGGUCACUCCGCUGGGAACACCCCCGACUCUGCCUUUGGUUGGAGUAGGUCGUCGUACGUCCGUUCUGUUUAAAAAAGCUAAAAAUGGGGUGCGAAUGGUAAAAAACAAGUCGCCACCACAACAGAACGGGAAAACGUCUGAGGGGAAAACCAACGGGCUGGACAGCACCCCUGCCACCCCAAAUUCACCCAGUGUGACCAACAACAUCACCUUACCUCCCACUCCAAACGCUUCCCCUACACCUCCCUCUCCUUCCUCACACCACCUGAGGUCCAGAGGCCCCAGCUCAGAAAGUGAAGCAGACAAACUCCCUACACCACCCAGAGAAGAAGGCCUGACAAAUGGAAAGCACACCUCUGCAGAUCAUGAUGAUGAUGACGACCAAAAACUAAACUGUAGUGUCUCCCCGCCAAAACGAAGUCGUGGUAAACCUGCAUUGGCAAAAGUUCCUAGCAGUGAGAAUGGAGACAUCUGUGGGUCUGGACAGUCUACACUUCUGUCUUCAGAUAGUGAGACCGAGCUCGGACCUCUGGACCUAGUUUGGGCCAAAUGCCGAGGAUAUCCAUCGUACCCAGCAAUGAUCGUUGACCCAGACAUGCCCCAGGAAGGGCUUCUUCACAACGGCAUCCCCAUUCCAGUGCCUCCCGUGGAGGUGCUCAAACUGGGCGAAUGGAGAGAAACGGAAGUAGGCGAAAAGCUCUUCUUGGUGCUUUUCUUUGACACCAAAAGAACUUGGCAAUGGCUCCCUCGGAACAAACUACUGCAGAUGGGGAUGGACGACACUGUAGACAAACUGCGCUUAAUGGAAGGCAAGAAGCCCAGCGUUCGCAAAUCUGUGCACACUGCAUACGACCGGGCCAUGGUACAUUUAAACCACGUGAGAGGAAAUGUAAACUUCACUCCCUCCAAUUUUAUAUAACAUUUUUUGUUGUUUUAUCAUCUUAAAACAGGCUGUCUGGAUAUAUGUAUAGAUGCUUCAUCAAUGCUGUUGAACAAAGCGUUACAGUUCCAACAGUCGAUGGUAUUUGAAGGUUUUCUGCAUAGAACUGUUGCUCUGACUUCUGAUAAUAUGGAGAGAAAAAGUGCUUGAAGACAUUUUCCUAGAUGAAUUUGUUCCAUUUAUUCCUGUAAUUUUUGUAAAAGAUUUUACAACCACUGUUGCUAUGUGUUCAUAUAAAGUUUUUAUUUUAGGCCAAAGUGAGUCAAGACUUAGCUGAGGAAAAGUGUAAAUAUGAAAUCGUCAAAAGGGAUUGUCUUGAUUCAAAAACAUAUUUAGAUUGUAUUUGCCAUUGAAAUGUCACUGUGUUUAAUGGAGUGUGAAAGUCCCACUUAAUGUUCACGUCAUAUUUGGACUCCACAGAAGUUUGGCGAUGACGGAUAUGGACCAUAAUUCAAAUUGUGCCAUCAACAAAUUAGUUUCUAAUUCUGAGUGGUAUGUAUAGAAACUUAAUUUUUUAAAAUACAUUUAAAAGGCUCCUAACUUAAAACCAUUCCUUCAGAUUUGCCCUCCAUUAAAUCACGCAGCCUUUUAGUCACCAUGGAUAUUAAACGGAUCAUAACCAAACCUGCUCAAACUAAAAGCUGCAGUGCAGCAUAACUACAUUUAACUCAUAGGAUAUGUUAUUGUUUUGAGUGUGUACACAUUUUAUUCAACAAUUCAGAGAAUUGCUCAGUGGAUACAGCAGGAUAAGUGUCAAAGAACAAUUUGAAUUACUGUUACUGGCUGCCAACGCAAUCAUUCUUCAACUUUUAGUCCAGCCAUGACGUGAUGUGUUGCAGGUGGGACUUUAGAGGUCUUUACUUAUUUUUCCAUAUUGUGAAACUGUGUUAUGAUACUAGAAUGUUGGAGUACCCGGUGCAGCUACUUGGUUAGUGAGAUGUGAAGCCGCUACAAAAAGUGAAGCUGGUUAUGUUUGUGGUUAUGACAAAGUCUACUGCGAUCACUCACUGAAGAACUUGCAAUUUGUUUGCAACUCUGGCUGAAAUGACUUGAAAAGCACAAUCAGUCCGUUUUAAAAAAAUGCUUAUAGGAUUGGUGACUCCUGGAGCCAUAUGUGGCAAAACUGCGUGUGCGUGCGUGUGCGUGUGUGUGUGUGUGUACAGUAUAUACAUAUAUGAAUACAACCUCAGUGUAGUAAAGGUGCAUGUGUAUAGUUUUGUAAAUAUGUAAAUAUAUGUUUAUAUUGGCUUACAUGAAGUAAUUUAAGGAAUGCAAAAAUCAAAUUUAGAUUUUAAUUUAUAAUUU